GGGGCUGAGCUGGGCUGCGAGCUGGUAUUGGAAGGGCGGCCCUGCUGGGGCACGGCGCUGGGUCUCUCCUCUCUCGCCCUGGGCUGCCCGGGAAGGCGGCGGCCUCAGCAGCGCUCCGGGAGGCAGGAGCUGACAGGUUGGUCCUGACGCCAUUGUCGGUGGCACGCCCAACCCGGCGGAGCCGCCUGCAAGACUAGGCAGGAUCUUGCCACGGCAACAGCGUGGCUCUGAGGUGUUGUGAGUGUAUGAGAUGCUGCGGAAGAAGAGACCCAAGGCCUCGUACGGUUUGGCUUGGCCACCCAGAAAAAAGAGACCAGAGAUACCCUCGCAAUGUAAUCAACAAUCAGAAAUACAACUUUUUUACAUUUCUUCCUGGGGUGCUGUUUAACCAGUUCAAAUACUUUUUUAAUCUUUACUUCUUGCUUCUGGCCUGCUCUCAGUUUGUCCCUGAAAUGAGGCUUGGUGCACUUUACACAUAUUGGGUUCCCUUGGGUUUUGUUCUUGCAGUUACCAUCAUUCGCGAAGCCGUGGAGGAGAUCCGAUGUUACACACGCGACAAGGAAGUAAACUCCCAGAUCUACAGCAAGCUCACAGCAAGAGGAACUGUGAAGGUGAAGAGUUCUAGUAUCCAAGUAGGGGACCUUAUCAUUGUUGAAAAGAACCAGCGAGUCCCUGCUGACAUGAUCUUCCUGAGGACGUCAGAAAAAAAUGGAUCUUGCUUCCUCCGGACUGAUCAGCUAGAUGGUGAGACAGACUGGAAGCUGCGUCUGCCAGUUACCUGCACUCAGAGAUUACCCACCGCAUCUGACCUUCUUCAGAUCCGAUCCUAUGUAUAUGCAGAAGAGCCCAAUAUUGACAUACAUAAUUUUGUGGGGACCUUCACCCGAGAGGACAGCGAUCCUCCAGUGAAUGAAAGCCUAAGCAUAGAGAACACACUAUGGGCCAGCACAGUGAUUGCAUCAGGCACAGUUGUGGGAGUUGUUCUUUACACAGGGAGGGAACUGCGCAGUGUCAUGAACACUUCCAACCCACGAAGUAAGAUUGGCCUGUUCGACUUGGAAGUGAAUUGUCUCACUAAAAUCCUAUUUGGAGCCCUGGUGGUGGUCUCGCUUGUGAUGGUGGCCCUCCAGCAUUUUGCAGGCCGCUGGUAUCUUCAGAUCAUACGAUUCCUCCUCCUGUUUUCAAACAUUAUUCCUAUUAGCUUACGUGUAAACCUGGAUAUGGGGAAAAUAGUUUACAGCUGGAUGAUCCGUAGAGAUUCCAAAAUUCCUGGAACAGUGGUUCGAUCCAGCACUAUUCCAGAGCAGCUCGGAAGGAUAUCCUAUUUACUUACAGACAAAACAGGAACUCUCACACAGAAUGAGAUGGUUUUUAAACGGCUUCACCUUGGGACAGUAGCCUAUGGACUCGACUCCAUGGAUGAAGUGCAAAGCCAUAUAUUUAGUAUCUAUACACAGCAGGCACAAGAGCCACCAGCUUCAAAAGGCCCCACCCUAGCCACAAAAGUACGUAAAACCAUGAGUAGCCGUGUUCAUGAGGCUGUGAAAGCAAUUGCCCUCUGUCACAACGUGACACCAGUAUACGAAUCUAAUGGCGUGACCGAUCAGGCUGAAGCUGAGAGAGACUAUGAAGAUUCCUGCAGGGUGUACCAGGCUUCCAGCCCUGAUGAGGUGGCCCUGGUACAGUGGACUGAAAGUGUAGGCUUAACUCUAGUUGGCAGAGAUCAAUCCUCCAUGCAACUGAGGACACCUGGUGGUCAAAUACUAAACUUCACCAUCCUACAGAUCUUUCCGUUCACAUAUGAAAGCAAACGCAUGGGAAUCAUUGUUAGGGAUGAGUCAACAGGAGAAAUAACUUUCUACAUGAAGGGAGCUGAUGUAGUCAUGGCUGGCAUCGUGCAAUACAAUGACUGGCUAGAGGAAGAGUGUGGUAACAUGGCUAGAGAAGGCCUGCGGGUUCUUGUUGUUGCGAAGAAGUCCCUGACUGAAGAGCAGUAUCAAGACUUCGAAGCACGCUACGUUCAGGCGAAGCUAAGCGUGCACGAUCGCUCGCUGAAGGUAGCCACUGUGAUUGAGAGCCUGGAGAUGGAGAUGGAGCUGCUAUGUCUGACUGGAGUGGAAGAUCAGCUGCAGGCAGAUGUCAGACCUACUCUGGAGACCCUGAGAAAUGCUGGCAUUAAGGUGUGGAUGCUGACAGGGGAUAAGCUAGAAACAGCUACUUGUACAGCAAAGAAUGCUCAUUUGGUAACCAGGACCCAGGAUAUUCAUAUAUUCAGACUGGUUACUAACCGUGGAGAAGCUCAUUUGGAGCUGAAUGCGUUCCGUCGGAAACAUGACUGUGCGCUUGUGAUUUCGGGUGACUCCCUAGAGGUGUGUCUGAAAUAUUAUGAGUACGAGUUUAUGGAGUUGGCUUGCCAGUGUCCAGCUGUGGUAUGCUGCCGAUGUGCCCCUACACAGAAGGCCCAGAUCGUGCGCUUGCUCCAAGAAAGAACAGGCAAACUGACCUGCGCAGUAGGUGAUGGAGGGAAUGAUGUCAGCAUGAUUCAAGAGGCUGACUGUGGCGUUGGAGUUGAAGGAAAGGAAGGAAAACAAGCAUCCCUUGCAGCAGAUUUCUCUAUCACUCAGUUUAAACAUCUGGGCCGGUUACUGAUGGUGCAUGGAAGGAACAGCUACAAAAGAUCUGCCGCGCUCAGCCAGUUUGUGAUCCACAGAAGCUUGUGUAUCAGUACAAUGCAGGCUGUUUUUUCAUCGGUAUUUUACUUUGCAUCAGUUCCUCUCUACCAGGGUUUCCUCAUUAUUGGGUACUCCACAAUCUAUACAAUGUUUCCAGUGUUCUCUCUGGUCUUAGACAAGGAUGUCAAAUCUGAAGUUGCCAUGUUGUAUCCAGAGCUCUACAAAGAUCUUCUUAAGGGGCGACCAUUGUCAUAUAAAACAUUUUUAAUAUGGGUUUUGAUAAGUAUCUAUCAAGGUAGUAUCAUUAUGUAUGGAGCUCUUUUGCUGUUUGAGUCUGAAUUUGUCCACAUUGUUGCCAUUUCCUUCACAUCCUUGAUUCUUACGGAGCUGCUGAUGGUGGCAUUAACAAUCCAGACAUGGCAUUGGCUCAUGAUAGUGGCAGAAUUGCUUAGCCUUUCCUGCUACAUAGCUUCUCUGGUCUUCUUACAUGAGUUUAUCGAUGUGUACUUCAUUGCAACCUUGUCGUUCUUGUGGAAGGUCACAGUCAUCACACUGGUGAGCUGCCUUCCCCUGUACGUCCUGAAGUACCUGAGAAGAAGGUUCUCCCCCCCAAGCUACUCAAAGCUCACGUCAUAGACCUGCUCUGCUUACAGAACACAGACUAAUUUUGCACACUGCCAAGAGACAAAAAAUCAUGUAUUCGUCACUGUAAGACCUAUGUCUGAUAGUUGCGUAAGGAUUAUGCAGUAAUCAAUAUUAUGUGCUGCUUUAAUGAAAAAGACUAAGAACUGCAGUAAAUUAAAAACCUAACAACAGUAAAUAGUCUUUUGGGGGGAGGGGGAUAUUUGAUAGUUUGUCCCGUCUUUGUCACUUUGUUUUACUUAGUUGAGGUCAAAUGCAUGUAACUGCAAUGAAAAUUGGUUUCUCGGGUGAGAUCAGAGUAUCUGAAAGCUGCUAAAUGGCCUUGAAGUUUGUGAUACUUUUUUUUUUAAGUUUGUGUUCCUUGCAUUGUGUUAUAUUUUUAUACUGUUAUUUAUGAUUUCAAUUCAGGUAGAAAUAGUCUUUGUGUGUCUUGGGAAGUCCCUUAUAAUAGAUAUUGUCAACAGCUGACUACUGGGUAGUGCCUUGCUGCUUUGAUUGUAGGGUUCCAGUGUUAAAUAGAUCUAUGCGUGAUUGAAAACCUGACUGGUUGAGUUUUUCCUUCAAUCAAAAUGAAAGAUUUGAAUGUAGAAAAUCUAGUGUGAUUUCAUGAUUUCCAGCAGUUAAUGCACAUUGAGAAAUAUCAUCCAAAAAGGGACGAUUCCAUUUUGUUUAGUUGUUGUGGUUUCUUGUUAAAAGGAGCUGAUCAUGUACAAAUAACUAAACUAUAUAGUAAUUUGAUGGGAGCAAAUUACCUAAAUUCAAGCAAAGCCUUUUGGAAAGAAACUUGCAGCUGAUCAGCCUUUGAAGGUGUUGACAGCAGGAUAAGAGACUCAUCCGAUGCUGCAGACAAUGUGGCAGACGUGUCUUGAAUCCUUGGAGACUGAAAGGAAAGGUCACAGAGUUGCUACUCUUCACAGUUACAUAAAAUCUGUUUCCUGUUAGGAUGAAUUAAUGAAGAUGAGCUGCAAAUAAGCCGAGGCAGUCAUACACGCAUCCAUUCAUGACACCAUCUACAAAGAGAGGUAGUUUGAGACCACUGUGGAAUUUGUAAUAUUUACAACUGGAAUGAGCCACAGUGGACAUAAGUUUGAGAGCACGCAGAAAAUGAGCCGAUGCAAAAGCUGGUAGUUUAUUUAAUGUGCAGCACAGGUAAGAUUUCCAUUUAUUUUAAACUGCAAAAUUCCCAGAGGGUGUGUUUGGUUUUCUGUUUGUUCUGUUAAUUAAAAAAGCAUUGACCUACAUCAUUUACAAAGCAUUCCUUGCAGAUGGAGACAAAUAUAUGACUGGGAAGUUUAGGAACAUUGUAAUGAGCUGAAAGAGGCUUUCACAAGUCGCUUGGUCAAAUGUGGCAUAGUUUUAGUGACAAUCACACAUCUAAUCACUUUUUCAUCUGUGAUUAAUGAGUUAUUUGGUCUCUUUACCUCCAGCUCCUAGUGAAACAGAAUCCACAUAAGAAAAACCACCAUUGUAGCUUCAACUAAAUGGCACCUUUAUUGUCAGGGUCAGAAUGGAAGCCAGCAAUGCUUGAUCCAAACACCCCUGAAUUACCCUUGUGGUGUGGUGUUUUUAAAUCGUGCUCAUCAGGGGAGCAGCAGCCCCUUUCUGCCAUGCUGUACACUAUCACUUUGAUGCCUUGCCAGCUUUUGUUUCCAUUGCCACAGCUUUCACAAGCAUUCAAAUGAUAAAUAAAAUUCUUUGGCUUACAAGCUUGCAUGCAGAAUUGGAGUAGCGUUUAAAAUGAGAUCUACAGUGGAUGGUGACUCCGCACCUCAUUGUUUUGGAUUAUUGGCUUCAGAAGUUGUCUCACCUGCGCUAAAUCUAAUUUCUCUGAAGAACAUGCUGUAUGACCUGGCAAUCAUGGGUGGAUACAUGUGGAUCCAACAAAGACCAAGUAAUGCAAGUGCCAAACACUUUAGCAAUCUUGCAAGCACUGGGUGAUUUCCAUUCAUUUUGUCAUAUAAAAUGGCUGAGAAGUAGGAGGGAGAGAUUUGUGCACAUGCUCUGCAAAAGCCAUUAUGACCUGUCAUUGUGUAUUGAAGAAUAACCCUCUGGAGAAACUAGAAGAGCAUGAAUUAAAGUAGGGAUGUGAAGGUUUAACCAGUUAACUGGUAAACCUCACCCUUAAUGGGUGAGACUUACCGGUUAAGUUUAGCCAGUGGGGGCUAGAACAGCUCCCUGCCUACUGCAGACAGAGGCUGCUCUGGCCAGGCUGGAGGAGCACCUACUCGUGGAUAGGGGAGUGGGAGAAUGGAGCGACCCCCCCCCCUUCUUGAAUCAGGUAACCAGUUAAACAAUAUUUUUAACCUGUUAUCCAAUUAAAAGGGAUUUUACACCCCUAAAUUAAAGCAGUUUGUAAAAUGUUCCCAGAGUGGGUGAGUCAAACGCUGCUGCAUUUCCAUUCUGCAGAACUUUGGUUGAAUCUGUUGAAGUAGGUUGCUUUCCACCCUGUAGAUCCGGGUUAUUUGCAUAAGUGGAAAUCUUCCUGGAUAACCCCCGCCACACACACACACACUCCUCCCUUUCUGACCGCUUGUUCCUCUUCAGAGCCAUGUUGCCAGUGGCCCCUUUCCUCCAACAGGGCUUGAAGUUCAUAUUGGAUUUCCUGAUGGGAAGCCUACUGGGCUCAGAAGAGAGCAUGCCAUGCCCUCCACCUUGACAUUCACUGGAUUGACCGUGCUGUCACAGCACUGAAUUGACCUGAAGGGGCUGCCACAAGCCUAGGGAAAAAAGGAGCCUGCACUGUUGGCUCAUUUCACCCCUACUGUGUAUCCUCCUUCUUGUUCCUUCUUAUGCCAUCAUGGGAAAUACCAGUCCUUACCAUUCA